UUGCUAUGUGCCUAGUUGUAAAAAUGAAGAUGUUUUUGAAUUUGACAGAUGUUUCAUGUGUUUUUUUUUAAAUGACAUUUUAAAAAUGUUUACUAUUUUGGAUCAGAAUCAAUUUUGAAAUGGUUUAAAUUUUCAAAAAUCAAUAACGACUUACAAAAUAUAAUAAAAGUUCACAGAAAUUAUGACAAACCUUACCCAAAUCAGUUUGGAAGCUCUUUUAUUAAGAGCUACAAACUGUAAUAAAACAAAUUUAGAUAGUGUUGCUGUAGAAGCUUUUAUUACCUUAAUAAACAAGGAACGAGAUGGACCUACACUUGGUGUAAAAGUAAUUGCUUCGAGACUUCCCGUGGAUAAUGAGAAAGAAGUUCUUUCUACAUUAAAUAUCCUCGAUAUGUGUAUGUCAAAAUGUGGUAGUGUGUUUCAGGAUGAAGUAGGCAAAUUUAGGUUCUUAAAUGAAAUGAUAAAAUUGGUAUCACCUAAAUAUCUUGGUUCUAAAACUCCUCUCACAGUAAAACAGAAAAUAUUGCAGUUAUUAUAUUUAUGGACGCUAGAUUAUCCAAAAGAGGUUAAAAUCAAAGAAGCUUUUGAUAUGUUAAGAAAGCAAGGUGUUAUAAAAGAAAUCCCAAACCCUAACAUUCCACAAGAAGCAAUAGUGCAUUGUUUAUCAGGUUUUGAAACGAGAAAAAAGAUUGGAAACUCGGUAUUUCAAGAUGAGGAAAAGUCAAAUAUUUUAAGAAAGCUUUUACAAAGUAAAGAUCCUGAAGAUAUACAAGCUGCUAAUUGGCUGAUUAAAAGUAUGGUGAAAGAGGAUGAAAAAUUAGCAGACCUUAAGAGUAAGGCAGUUUCUGAGCUAGAAUCUGUACAAAAUAAUUUAAAAUUAUUAAAUGAAAUGAUGGGCUCCUACAAUAAAGGUGUUACUACUAAAGGAGAAUUAGAUUUAAUGGAUGAGCUCUAUAAUAAUUUAUUGCGCUUAUCACCUAAUUUAAAAACAAUUGCUUGUGAGACUGACCAUUGUCCAGCGGAUUUGAUGGAAUCGGUACUAAAAACAAUACAUGAUCUGACAGAAUGUUUAACAAGAUACAAAUUACAAAUUUUGCAUGAAAAGUCAAGCAGUUUGAAACAAAGUAAUUUAUCAUCAUUGCUAGAACUGGAUCAACAAGCUAUUAAUGUUAGUUCUUUAUCCUUAAUAGAAAUGGACCAACCAAAAGAAAUUAGGAAUGAGGGAUGUUCUUGUAGUAAUCAAUUGAAUAAAGCUAACAAGAAAAAUUCAGUUGAUGCUCUAUAUGAUGUGUUUGCUGGAUUAGGAAGUAUUCCUCAAACAACAAAUAUAUUACAGCCUGUAGCCAUUCCAAGUUGUAAAGAGAAAUGUUCAUUGGAAAGAGAGAAGGAAAAUAAAUUAAAAGCUUUGGAGGACUUAGAUGUGCUAGAAGAACAUUUACUCAAAGAAAAUUUACCUUCAUCCAAUUACAGACACCAAGAUAAAAUACCAAUGAAUUUGCUUACAAAAAUAAAUGAAAAUCAUAACUUGAAUGAAGAAACUAGUGAAUCCUUAAAACUAAAUUUGAAUUGUCUCAUAGACACACCAACUUUUAGCCAAAGAAAUAUGAGUAAUGAUGAGACCUUGAGUUUAGCUGACAAUGUAGAUGACUGUUUAGUAGAUAUAACUGAAGAUUUUAGUGAAGGCAGUGAAAGGGGAGAUAAUAUAAAAAGUAGUAAAAAAGAACAAAAUGAAUUAUCUGUGGACAAUGGAGAUAUGCAAAGUAGUGUAACACAAAAAACGAAUGUUGAAAAUGGUGCGGAUAACGCAAAUUUAAAUGGACAGUCAAAUGAUUCAUCUAAAAAUCAUUGUGAUUCUGUUGCCAAAUCAAACUGUCCUGAGCUCGCUGUAAAUUUGAAAGAGAUUUUUGUUAAACUAGAAGACAUAAAGCCAAGUUCUAAGAAAUCAAUUGUAGCGCUUGAUGAGAAAAAUGGCAUUACAGUUCUUUUGCAUAUGGCAAAAGACAAACCUAGACCGGGAGUAAUAGUUUAUGUAAUUACAACUAUAAGUAGAAAUGAAGUAGCCUUGACUAAUUAUAUGUUCCAAGCAGUUGUACCAAAGAAAUGUAAAUUGAAGCUGCAAUCGCCAUCAUCAACAGAUUUACCACCUUUCAAUGCAUUUCUACCCCCGGCCGCUAUUACACAGAUCAUGUUGAUUGCAAAUCCCGAACUGGUCAGGGUAUCGCUCAAAUUUGUCGUCAGUUAUGUUAUCGAUGACGAUACCGUAACGGAAAUGGGUGAAAUUGAGGAUCUCCCCACUGGCGAGUAAUUGACAUUCCAUGUAAAAUAUGUAUCAACAUUCUAAUUUUGUUAUAAUUCAAUUCGGCAAUGAAGACUGUUUUAUUAAUAAUUAGUUUUUGUGAUCAUUCCUAUUUCUCUUGUAGAAAAAUGUAUUUAAUAACUUGUUAUUGCUGAAUUGAAAUAUACCUAUAUAAAAGUUUAAAUGCUUCUCAAGUAAAAAGUAUUUAAAAUUAUUCUAGUCUAUCUGAAUCGAUUUCCUUAUUUACAGAGUUGUUUAUUUUUUAUGUUUUUUUUUGUUUGUAAAUUUUUUAUCAAAUGUUAGAUUUUGUCAUAUAGAAUUAAGGAGGGCACUGACUUGUUAAAUUGUGUUAGGGUACAUCCAGACUGGGAGCGUCAGCGCAGCGUCAUAUGAGUUUUUUAGGUUUUCAGUUUGUAAAAUGGCUUCAAGGAGAGCAUCAGUUUAAUUUUACUAUUGGAAACACCAUAUUUUACAUUCAAAAGAAUAGACAAAAAAGUAGAAAUUCACCCUAGAAACAGAAGAAGAUAUCUGCAUGGAGAAUGUCAUCAUUUAUAUUUUGAAUUGGAAGAACAUCCUGAUAGAUCCUUUUCAAUUGUGAUACUUUUAGCGGGAAUACAAAACCCAUACAAAAAAUUUCGAAAGCUCUCAUAUAUUUACUCGUUCUGUGAAAAAAUACUUACUUGAAAUACCUAAAAUUGUAGCUAUUUCUUCAAAUAGUCGAUCACGCAGAUUUCUUUUUUUUUAUUUUUUGCAUUCCACAGUGCAAGUCUUGCUUGUAUUUCGGCGAUUAGCAUAUCUGCGUGCUGGUCCGCAGACGCCAUGACAACCACUGACCGCUCGAAAUCUCGCCGAAAAACAAUUCACAUUGAACUCGACGCUCAGAGGACGCUAGUUUAACGCCGAACGCGACGCUUUCUGCCUGAACGGUCUAAUUUAAGUUAAAUGAAUUGAUUCCAUUUCGUGGCUACGCAAAUGUGACCCGACGGCGACGGUCGACGCUCUCAGCCUUAAUGUACCUUUAGUUCUAACAUAGCGACGACUCUAGUGCAGUCAGUUGAUGCAGUCAGUUGAAUAGUCAAUUUUGAACUUGAUUUCUAAUAUUUGAACCUAUCUCAUUUAUGAUAAAUAAUUUUUGAGAUUAUUUGGAGGCGUUUACACAGAUAAAUAUUGAUAUCUUACUUAUACAUUAUAUCUGGUCGCGAUUGCUAUUGCAAAAUACAUUAAACUUCUAAUUAAAUUUCGGUAGAGUACAAAGGUGUUCCCCUAAGCUAAUAGCUCUCGGCUGUACCGGAGUAUAGUUAACUUAAUACCAAAGAGGCGAUAAGAAAUUGGUGGAAAUUUUUUUGAAGAGUGUAUAAUGGUCGCUAGAUGGCGCAACUGAUAUAGCAAACAAGAAAAUGGAAUUUUUACAAAAUUUAACUAGGAUAAGGGCUAUUAUAAAUAAUGGCGUCAUAAUUUUAGCAAAUGUCGGAUUUUUUGGUUUAAACAAUUUUGCCCUAACUGCUAAAAUGAAGUUUUGGGGGAAGGUCAGAUCUGUGUUUAUUUAAAUGUUAAAAUAACUCCGUCGGGAAAUCCAACCAACUAGGGUGUAAAAGAGCGUUCUUUACUCUAUAUUAUACCACAUAUCACAUUAACAAUAAUUGCAAAGUUUUCAACAAAUUAAGUAAUGCAAUAGUACAUGUAAUUUUAGCUGUAAAGAGAAAUAAAAGCUUAAAAAAUCAGCGAAAACUGCAUCUUUGAUAUAUUUUUUCAAACCGAAGAUAUUAGCAAAAAUAUAAUAAAUAUGAUAAAAUAAGUCCUUAACUACCUUAUUGAACAGAGUUUCAGUUGCCGUUUUGAUUAUUGGUGAAUAAUGAUUAUUGUAAUGAAUAAAAUAAUCGUUUCUAUUUUAUUUCCUAUUAGAAUGGUCUUAAUCAAUAAUUAAUAGAGAACAACGGCCUAUGGAAGAGUCGGCCGCUGCUGGCACGUAUACGUAGACGUACACGUGUAAAAAUAUUAGAAAUGCGCAUGCGUACGUAAACUUUUACGUGUUUGUAGUCUGUGGCUUGUUCUCUAUUAAUAUACCAGAGGCCCGAUUCUCUAAACAUAUUUCCUGUCUAGUGACUCAUCAAUCGCAUACAAAUAGCAUAGGCUAGACAGGAAAUUUCUUACUACAGAGCUUACAGAAUCCCACUGCAGAAUACCAUAAUGUCAGUCUAAAGAUAACGCCCCCUAGCGUCUACUGUUAAAUGCUUAUUAUUAUCGUUUAUAUGGUCUAAUAUAGAAUAAAGAACGCUCUUUUAAACGAGCUCUAGUUCGUUUUUUAAACGAGCUCUAGUUCGUUGGAACAAUAGUAUUUCCUUCAAUAAAUAAAAUCUUGCCUGUCAGUGCCAUAUUUCCACAGUCAAACUUGAUGUUUUUUUUAUAAAUUAUUAAUCUCAAAUUUUCAAAGGGAGGGGUGAUAAUAUACCUUAUAAAAUUGAUGAACGACUAGCAACUAAGGUAAAAUGAAAUUGAAAUCAAAAGACGAUUGUGUAUUAUAUUUCUAGGCUUAUUAAUGUCAAUAUUUGGGUUUGCCGAAUGAACUUAUGUGGAACUUAUGUCAGAUCUCAAUUAUUAUUGUAUAAUUUUUCUUUUAUAUAUAAUCGUCUGUGCUGUGAAAUAGUAUUUAUUGUUUUUUACUUAGUAACAUCUAGUCGUAUAAAUGUAGUUUUAUUUUUCAAUGAUAUCAAAAUCAAAAUUAUAGCAUAAUAUGUAGAGGGAAUAGUAAUAAAUCGGUACAACCAAUACGUGCCCUAUAUUGAAAUGUUCUUAAGUAGGUCCUCUCGAAAACAUAAUCUGUCAAUUAAUUUUAACUAAAAUUGUCGGAAAACGUAGUUAAAAUAUGUUUUUUUUCUUCUAAUUAUUGAUUUUGUUAGUGUAGUCUGCCCAACGAGCCAGGAAAGAUUUUGACAGGCAUCCAAAAAAAGAGGCAAAACACAAUUUGCCUAUGAAGUAAAAUGACAGAGAAAGCUGUCAUUGUCGGCCAUCCUGUCGUUGUACAGAUUAUAUUUCAAGUUAUAGUAACGUCAAAUAUUUUGUAUAGGGCAUUUUUUUGGUAGUGAUUUUAUUAUAUUUAUAUACAUGUUCUGCCACCAAGAUGGAGGCGACGACUACAAAUUUCAAAUAAACUUUAUUACAAACAAUCCAUGGCCCCAUACGGUUAAUGAAAUAUAUAGGCUUGGUGCAUUUCAGUUGAUUUUAAAAAUUCGCAUUAAAAUGAUAAUGAAAUCGUGACCGCAAAAAUAGCAACACGAACAGGAAGGGCAUUAUUGUGCGGUUGGUGGGUGCAAUAACAUUCAAUACAUCUCUCUAGUGAUGGGAAUGCCGGUUCCACGUGAGUCGCGUUACAAUAGCGACGAUUCCAGAAAAAUAUCGCGACAAAAUACCGCGAUUUUGUAACCGAGGUUCCGACUUCCAAAGUGUUGCGGUUCUCGCUAAAAAUAUAUCCAACUUAUCUAUAUUUGUAGAUUAAUCUAGGAACUAGUGGGGUUGCAGUCGGAAGGGUUUGACAAAUAAUUAAUACACUUUGUUAAUUGUCAAGCUUUCGGAAUUUAUUCAUUCCUUCCUCAGGACAUUAACAUGGUACAGAAAAGACCUUCAUAAAAAACUACAUUAGAAAAUUUGGCUUCUAUUGAAAACUCCACCGUGAAGCAUCGCUUGCCAGUCAACCACAAAAAAAGGAGAGGGCUCUUAUCGGGCGGUUAAGCCGCCUGAUAUUUAUUUAAAACAGUGGAAUAAUUAAGAGAUGUUCGAUUAAAAAUUCAAUUGCGUCUCAAUCUAAGGCGUGAAGGCGCAAAGCUGGGGCAGCAAUUUCAAUGUCUAAGGAAACAAAAACAGAGAUGUCUUUAUAUAUCGACAUUCUUAAUUUGUCGAUAUUGUUGCUAUAAGAAAAAUAAUUCGUAUUUUUACCAAUGCGGUGUGGUAAAUCCUAAGAUUUACUGUUUGGGCCCGGUAAAGGUCCGAAAUGGAAGCAAAAUAAAGAAGUUUUUGAGCUUUUACCACUUGCCUUUGGUAAAUCCUAGGUUUAGCGCGCUUAUCCUAGGUUUUACCGCAAAAUAAAAACACUAAAUCACCACAAUACACCAAAAC